AUGAGUGGCGGCUUCUUCAUCGUCUUCUUAACAUGUCUGGCUUUCUUCCCGGAUACUCUGCUUGCCGGUGUAGCGUCCAUUGGGAGCAUCCCUCCAGGGUUUGGAGGAUCUCAGAUGAAUUACAUCAACAACAACGGUCUCUUCCUCGAAUCCAAAAACUCAGCCUUUGGUUUCGGUUUCGUCACCACACCAGCUUCCGUUACUCUGUUCACACUCAGCAUCGUCCACAAAAGCAGCUUGAAACUCAUCUGGUCGGCGAACAGAGCUUCCCCUGUUUCGAAUUCCGAUAAGUUCCAGUUCGAAGACAACGGAAAUGUGGUGCUGCGCAGAGAAGAAGGAGGAUCCGCCGAGGUUUGGAGAUUGGAUAAUUCGGGCAAAAAUGCUUCAAGAAUCGAGCUCCGUGACUCGGGGAAUCUCGUUGUUGUUUCCGGUGACGGAACUUCGAUCUGGGAGAGUUUUGAUCAUCCCACGGAUACUCUGAUCACGAAUCAGACCUUUAGAGAAGGCAUGAAGCUCACUAGCAAUCCUUCUUCGAGCAACAUGACUUAUGCUCUUGAGAUCAGAUCAGGAGAUAUGUUUUUAUCUGUCAACAGCUCCACUCCUCAAGUGUAUUGGUCCAUGGGAAACGACAAAGAUAGGAUCAUUAACAAAUAUGGCCUAGUGACUUCAUCGUCUCUCGUCGGGAAUUCGUGGCGGUUCUUUGAUCAGAAACAGGCUUUCUUAUGGCAGUAUAUAUUUUCAGAGAAUAAAGAUGAUAACGCGACUUGGAUCGCGGUUUUGGGAAGCAACGGUGUGAUCUCCUUUUCAAAUCUUGGGAGUGGUUCGUCUGCGGCUGAUUCUUCGACUAAAAUCCCGACCGAUCAGUGUUCGACACCCGAGCCUUGCGGGCCUUACUACGUCUGCUCGGGCAGUAAAGUCUGCGGAUGUGUGCCCGGCUUGUCACGUGCUCGGUCUGAUUGCAAAUCCGGGAUCGCUUCUCCUUGUAAGAAAACCGGAAAUAACGCAACAUCGUCUGUACAACUUGUGAAUGCUGGAGACGGGGUCGACUAUUUCGCUCUCGGUUUUGCUCCAACUCCCUUCUCCAAGAGAACCAGUCUUGGUAGCUGUAAAGAGUUCUGCAACAACAACUGCUCCUGUCUCGGUCUUUUCUUCCAGAACAGUUCUGGUAACUGCUUCUUGUUUGAUUGGAUCGGAAGCUUUAAAAACUCUGGAGAUGGAGGCUCUGGUUUCGUGUCUUACAUCAAGGUGGCCACUAAUGGUGCGGGAGGUGGAGAUGACGGGGAAGAUGGCGGGAAACAUUUUCCGUAUGUAGUGAUUAUUGUCGUGGUGACGGUUUUCAUCAUCGGUGUUUUGAUCUUUGUGGCGUUUCGGAUUCAUAGGAGGAAGAAAACGAUUUUGGAUGCGUAUGAAGAUCAUAGAAAGCUUUUGGAGAUUGUUGAUGGGAAGAUGAAGAAUGUUGAUGUGACUGACGAGAGAGUUCAGAGGGCUAUGAAAACUGCGCUUUGGUGUAUACAAGAAGAUAUGCAUCUGAGACCGUCGAUGAGCAAAGUUGUUCAAAUGCUUGAAGGAGUUUUCCCGGUGGUUCAGCCUCCGUCUUGUUCCACUUUGGGCUCAAGGCUUUACUCGAGUUUCUUUAAGUCGAUUAGCGAGGAAGGCGGUGGUACGUCAUCUGGACCAUCGGAUUGUAACAGUGAGAAUUAUCUCUCCGCCGUGAGACUCUCCGGUCCUAGAUAG